AUGCGCAUUGAAGCUCGGGUUUAUAAAAUACUUGGUACUCAUCCGCGGGUGCCGAAACUGCUAAGUUGGGAUCCGGAGAUAUGUUGCAUCAGGAUGGAAUACGUGACCCACGGCAGUUUAAAGGAUUACAUGGACAAGAAUGAGGAGAAGUUAUCUCCCGAGCUCCGUCUUCGAUGGGCGAAACAAACCGCAGAAGGACUCACUCUUCUUCAUUCUCAUGACAUACUUCAUUGCGACAUUUCACCUCGGAAUUUCCUACUGGAUGAGAACUUGGAUCUCAAAAUAUCUGAUUUCGGUAGUGUUUCAAUUUCUGGCGCUGAGCCAACUGCUACUGCAGGAACAAGGUUCAGAUGGCCUGUGAUGGACUGGGAUAUUCCUCCCACGGUUGAAGAUGAUUUUUUCAGCCUUGGAUCGUUGAUCUACUUUAUUAUGAGUGGGGUGUAUCCUUACAAGGACACAGCCAGUGAUGAAGUAGAAAAUGACAUUAUAUGUCGAUGCUGGUACCGAAAGACAACGGCUGGAGAAGUAUUCAACGCUCUGGAACACGUUUCACGCCAACAUAUUGCUGGAGUCAUAUCUGGAUUGUGA